CGUGACGCAGCUCCGCACUACUGUCUUCAGACUGGAGAUCCUGUUUGCAGCAAAGAAUGUAAGCAGAAGAACUUGGAACGGCUGGCUGCGGAAAACGAGGCAGCGGUAAAACAAGAUACUAGCAGUGGAGCUCUGCCAAAGCGGCCUUUCGCGCCCGAUGACUAUUCAUUUAUCCCCUCUGCGAAAGCAGUGGUGGCUCAACCAGAUUUGUCUACAAGCUCUAGAGUCCCGGCUGCGUCAUCAUCAAGCACACUAGCGAGCUCUUCCUCGAAUAACUACGUCAGUGCGCAAAGCAUAGCUGCAAUGGUUCGGGCAUUGGACAGCAGAGAGCUGGAUCGAUUGCCCUACUAUCGCUGUACGUUGGCCGUUUUCGCAUCCUUGUGCAAGAUGUCUAUGCGCGAUUUUCCUCCUGGACCACAAGCCGAUCAAAAGUUCAUCAAACAUAAACGGCUGAUUCUUGAGCUGAUAUCGCAUAUGGUCAGUUCUGCGGGUCCGGCUUUUCGGGGGACAGAAAAAUUCGUGCACGCUUUGCGGUCCUACUUGUGCGUCGCUCUGGUGAAAAACUGCGUAUCAUCUGUACCCAAAAUUUUUUCCCUUUCCUUCGCGAUCUACCUUUGCCUCAUCAGCCACUUCCAGGAACACCUGAAAGCCGAGGCGGCCGUCUUUUUGGAGAGUAUCUUAUGAAUUACCCGUAAUGAGCACCAGGAACAGUGUUUCAUUUUUAUUUGUGACCGAAUAUGGACUGAAUAAAAGGGAUGUUGUGAGCUACUUUCGCUCUCUUCUAAAUUCUUUCCUGCGGAUUCUCGAGAGCGGCAACAGCAGCUACGAGCAUAAGAAGCGUGUUCUGUCUGUUUUUCACAAGAUUUGCACUGACGCGCGUGUUGCCGUGGAGCUCUUCGUGAAUUACGAUUGCGACGUCGAGGAGAAGAACUUGUUUGAGCGCAUGAUAGACUGCCUCGGGAAGAUUGCCCAAGGAAAGUACUCCACGGUGGACCAUGUAAUCCUCAUUACCUACAGUCAAGAGCAGGAGCUCCGCGUUCUGGCUCUGGAGUCUCUCGUAGGCUUGAUGGACUCGAUGGUGCAGCGAGCCAGCCUGGACAUGAAUACAGAUUCGGAUGAGACGAAAAACGAAGGAGUAGAUGAGCGAAAAGCAGUUGAGGAUGCCGAUCCAAGUACGCCUGCGAGUGUCAGAA